AUGAAGCCUACAGCCAAGGUCUUCGAAUACUUGAACAAAUACAAUUAUUAUCUACCCUAAAACUGUGAGCAAGUACAGAAAAUGUUUUAUGAACAAAUGGUCUAACAUUUGUAAUUGGGAGAUAGUUUCAGGAAUUCAUUCAUUAGUUAAAUUUCAUAGAUUAAUCAAAGGGCAUAAAAAGAAACUGAAUUCAGACAACUCAUUCGUGAUACUUGGUUUGGAUUCAUAUAGAAAACUCCAAUUAAGGAUAUUUGUGAGUUGAAUUUGUAAGAAAUAAAGGAUGUUUAGGAAUUCAUUUUGAAAGUCUUAUUGGAACCAACAAUGUUUGAUAUCACGUUUGUUGAUGAACUAUUAUUCAAUUACGAGAUAUAUUUCAAUUCUGUAUUAACAAUUAAUGUAUAGUAGAAUAAAGGACUAGCCUAGGUGGUUGUGAGGAACAGGUUUAGGAUGACAAUCAGUAAAUUGAUAUGUAGCAAAUUCAUAUUAUCAUUGGAUGAAAAAUAUAGAUAAAAAGUUCGCUCAUUUCUAUUUGACAUUUAUCUUAAGAAGGUAGAGACUCUAGAUUAGACUGUAGUUAUUUAAACUGAGUUUUUGACAAUUCAAAAUUUCUAUAAGAAGAUGUUUGAUUAACUAUUUGAUAUCCAGGAAGCGCAGGGGACUUUCUAUAAUAUCAUGAAAAAGGUGAUAGAUAUCAUUGUCAGAGAACUAUGCAAUAUUGUUUAUUCAUUGGAAAUAUUCACUCAAUUCUAUUAACUUUACAUUGAAAAGGAUAAGAUUCUAUUUGAAAAAUAUGAUCCCAAAACUAAUAUUGACCAUAAUAAAUUAGCAAAUGAAAUCUUAUAGAAGUAUUAUGAACAUGGAAAUUUGAGAGAGGCAAUAAGACAGGUCGUUUAUAAGUUAUUUCAGAGUCAGAAUAUUGAGUAUAAGAAAUUGUUGAAGGAGUUGGUGUAGAAGGACAUAUACAGUCGAGAGAAUGAACAAUGGGUUGUUUAGAUAUUGAGGGAAUUCGAAUAGUAUCAAAUACAGAAGAAUCGCAAACAACCUAUUGAGAAUGAUUUUCACACUUAUUUGAGACUCCAAGGAUUUACGUUUAGAGGAGAGAAAAGGGGAGAAUUAGAAUAUGAUCAUGCUAAAUUAUCUCUUAUUAUCCAUGAUCAAACUAAUUUCACAGUGACUAAUAAAAUAAUGAAACAAACUAAGAGAUUUGUAUCUAUCAAAGAAGCACAUCAUUAUAUACAAAGCAGUCUCCAGAAUCUUAAUAAUUGA